GUUUUCGUGUUUACAUAAUGUUUGUUGCUGCAGAUGAUGGAAAGCAAACAUCUGACUAUUUUGACUAUGCUGUAUUUUUGGAAGUGACGACAUUAUGAAUAAUUAAGCCCCAAUAGUUAACCAAGUCAUUAAAUUAUCUCCAGUUGACCCAAAGUUUCACUGAAAUUCUAAGAUUGUGGAUAUUGAUUGUGAUGCGACUAACAAUUAUGUCAUACAUGAAGAAAAAUAACACCUGAAUAAUAAUCAUCAUCGAACGAAAUGGAGCAUCCUCACAAAAUUCGGAGCACUUUAUCCCUCUCUGACCUACGAUCUCGUAACCUUAGCUCUCUGCUCCCCUCAGGUCACGAUAAGGCCUUAAAGUACGCCUUUUACAAUGUAAUCGCUCUGGUCCUCACUGGACUCUCAAUUGUUGGCUUGUGGGCCGUAUACUGCAUUCUUGAGCCUUUCAUCAAAUCAUUAUUGUGGGCCCUUCUGUGCGGAAGUGUGCUUUAUCCGUUUAAAAGAAAAUUGGUCGAAACAACGAAUGGAUGGAUGAGUCGUGUCAAGAGUUCCAAAGUUCCCUUCGUCCUUCAGGUUUUGUCCAGUCCGGUAAUAAUUGCAGAUUCGGUAUCUGACCAGAUUGGGGAUUACGUCUCGAAUUAUUGGAAAUCUAUUGGUGGAGCGUUCGUUUCAUUUUUUGCUACUUAUCUCAUCUACCACAACCCCCCUGUGACGCUGGGAUUAAUGCUGCAAUGGAUUAUCUCGACGUUGUACUCCAUAGUUUACACGGUGCUGGGAUGUGUUCGAAGCGAAAUCGUGUUUGCAUUGAUAAUUGCGUAUGGUGGACUAAUUAUUCAUACGAUUAUGAUCAAAAGUCGUAUAAUCACUGCUCCCAAAACUGAAACAACCCUCGGCUUGCCUGAUCAACCAAAGGAUGAAGUUAGCAAAGAUGUCCCGGAUAACAUCACUGUAACACAAUCUGGAGGACGGAUGGAAGUGUCGGAAAUGGAAUUGCUAAUUUUGAAAGUGCUUUCUAUCGUGACCUGGACCGUGACAUUUCUAUUCAUCUGCCGAAAUUUACCUUUCACUAUCCUCCUCCCGUUCUUGGUAUGCAUGGGAGCAGGGACUACUGCUUACUUUCGUCAGAAGACAACACAAUCAAGUUAUGCAAUCCCCCACAUCUCUAUGUUGGCAACCAAGCUCGUCUUGGGGAUCGGAAAAUCUCCUAAAUUAAUAAGAAGUCAAAGUUUCGACACGACUGGUUUACCAUUUUCACCCUCCACCCCCAAACUUAGAGGUGAGAACUUGCGUGAAACCGUUUUACUUCAGAAUAUUCAAGCAUCCAAGCUAGUGAGUCCAGAUCAGACGGAUACGAAUACACCAAUUCAAGAAGAAGACAUUUCUGAAGAUGAGACGGACUAUGCCUUAAUUGACAGUAACAAAUUCUUGUACGGUGUAUUUUUGGCGUGUCUUGUGGUUCAAGUUUGGCAUCAUCUUUGGUUAGCACGCCUUCUCCCAAUUCCUGUGCUCUACUAUGGAAUUAAAAAAUUAUGCUUCAAGUUCGGAAUAAUUGAAUUUCUAAAGAAAAAUGUUCGAGACCCAGUGGCAUCGUUUUACGAAAACGAAAAGGACGAACUCAGUGAAAACGUGUUCCCACUACCAGUCCGAGUACUACUGAGGAUUAUGUCCAUUGCUGAUCGAAAACUUUGUGAAUUUUGUGAAGCCUAUCUAGAUCCAGUCGCAUCAACAGUCAUUUUAGUUGCUGUUCUCAUCAUUACGGUUUUGUUCUUCGUAUUCGCUGCAACUCAAGUGUACCUUGAGGGAGUCCAUUUAGCCCGUGUUAGUAUCGACCUUGUCAACUCAACAGUGUCUCAACAUCCAGAAAUUUCCGAAAUGUUACCUGAAGGGUGGGAAAGUAUGAUGGGAUCUGCAGUUGAUAAUGCGUAUGUGUACGGAAAAGAAUACAUCACAAACACGAUCCGGGAUUCGAUAGAAGAGAAAGAUCCUCAAAAGGCAAGAGAGAUUGAAAACCAAGUGAUUGAACUUUGGGACAAAAUAUAUUUAUCCUGGAACAAAACUUGGGAAGGAACGAGCAACAAUUCUAAAAUGGAAUUUGACGAUCCCGAUGGAGGCUCUGGCAUAGAAUGGAAUGAGCUGUUAGAAACGGGUAAAACGGUUCCGAAACUUUUAGACUAUUCGGUUUUUCUGGACUAUGCUAAAGCAAAUUUUGGAACAAUGAUGUCGGUCGUGGAGACCGCAUGGGGUAUUUUGAUUGGAAAUAUAUCAAUUGCCUUGUCUGCUUUAAUGUCGAUUUUCUCGGUGGUUUUUGGAGGUGGAUCUGCAAUUGUAAAUCUCAUGUUAAACUUUAUCGUCUUCUUCACCGCUCUGUUUUAUCUUCUCAACUCAUCAACAUCCGUGUACAAACCAGUAGAAAUAUUUCGAUCGAGCAUUCCAGGAGAUGGUAAAUACAGUAGCAGAUUGCUUUCCGCUGUUGAGGAAUCAGUGAACAGCGUAUUUACAGCAUCUCUUAAAAUGGCAACGUUCUACGGAAUGUGGACCUGGUUAAUUCAUAGCUUGUUCCAGAUCAACAUCGUUUUUGUACCAUCUCUGCUCGCAACACUUUUUGGAGCCGUUCCUUUGCUUCCUCCAUACUGGGCAGCGUUGCCAGCAGUUCUGGAACUAUUUCUUAUUCAUGGGGAGUGGACAUUAGCAAUUUUGAUGAUGAUAGCUCAAAUCUCCCCCAUAUCGAUGGUUGAUACUCAAAUUUACUCUGAAAUCAAGGGAGGAGGGCACCCAUACCUUACCGGCUUGGCUGUUGCGGGUGGAAUUUUCUAUUUUGGCAUGCAAGGGGCUAUUGUCGGGCCAGUUAUUUUAUGUUGCGUGGUCGUUUCUGUUAAAAUGGGGAGCACCUUCUUACAAGAUACUGGUGAUAAACCAACCCCUGCAACCCCAACUUGAUAACAAAAAUCCGCCAUUUUCAUUAUAGUAAGAAAAAGCUUCUUACAUGAUUAACAAGUGCAAUUUUUUAAGUCUGACUAAAAUGGGUCAUAAAAAAUGACUGAAAUCUGAUAAACUCUACAUUAUGUGCUUAAUCGCUGUGAAUUAUGACGAUCAAAUGUGUUAUCUACUUAAUGAAAUGCCUUAUGAAUGACAAUAGUAUUAACCUCAAAAGCUUUAUUACUACUAUUCCACGUUGAAGGAAAUGCGAGUAUUUACUGAAACAACUCUGAAUCUUCUCUAAAUGAAAAAUACCCGUUUGCAUGAUAUUAUUACAAAAAGUACACAUACUGUAAGAGUGCUACCCUAAACUUUAAAAUAAUAAAGCAAAGCGUCCACGUAUCAAA